UAGAUCCUAUUCUUCAAGAUGAGGGAGGAACAGAUCCGCCGAUGGAAAGAAAGAGAAGCAGCAAUGGAAAAAAAGGAGUCCUUGCCAGUGAAAUCCAGACCAAAGAAAGAGAACAGCAAAUCUGUUCAUUGGAAGCUGGGAGCCGACAAGGAGGUCUGGGUCUGGGUGAUGGGCAAACACCACCUCGACAAGCCCUACGACGUCCUCUGUAAUGAGAUUCUUGCUGAGCGGGCCCUGAAAGCACAGCAGGAAGCGGAAGAGCUCAGCAAAGCUCAGUCCAAAGAAUUCACCAAUAGCUUGACCAAUAAAUCCCAUUACCGUGAUCUGCCAACACCAGAUACCUGGGAGUCCCAGAACAUCUGUAAGAAAGUGGCAGAAGAGGAGGAACUGGCGCCAGACUCUAGACCAGCACCACCCCUUAAAGAAGAGAAAACUCCGUCACCUUCCAGUUCCUCAAGAAAUAUUUAACAAAUGUUGGCAGAUUCUAUCAAUCGUAUGAAGGCAUAUGGAUUUCACCAGAAGAAAGAAUCCUUGAAGAAAGUACCAGAUGAAGAAAUAAAACAACUAGGUGAAGAGAGAACGAAGCAGAUUUAUAAGAGCUGGAAAGAGGAUUUGGAGUGGCAGGCAUGUUUGCGAAAAUCCAAAGCAGCCGAUGAGAAGAGACACUCCCUGGCUAAACAAGUGCAUGAAGAUUACAAGAGGUUAUCCCAAAAAGCAAGAAGCAGCGAGGGACUGCAGAGUCCCCCAAGUGUUUCACGGAAACCAAAGAGACCCCCUCCACCCAAGCCUAAAUUCCUAAACCCAGCAGAAUACCCCCAAAAGCCUUUUAGAAAUCAGGGAUUGACAAGGACAGAAUCUGGCUCCGCGCAGGAGGACAUCGUCCCAUGGUUUAAGGAGAAGCAGCUGCCUCUGCGAGCAGGCUACGAGAAAACAGCCGACACCAUCGCUCCCUGGUUCCAUGGAAUUCUCACACUAAAGAGAGCAAAUGAACUUCUGAGCACGUGCAAGCCAGGCAGUUUUCUGGUCCGAGUCAGUGACAGGAUCAAAGGCUACAUCCUGUCCUACCUGUUGGAGGAUGGCUGUAAGCAUUUCCUCAUCGAUGCCUCCACCGACUCCUACAGCUUCCUGGGAGUGGACCAGCUGCAGCACCCCACCCUGGCGGACCUGGUGGGGUAUCACAAGGAGGAACCCAUCACCUCCCUGGGGAAGGAGCACCUCCUGUACCCCUGCGGCCAGCAGGACCAGACCCCCGACUACCUGGAGCUCUUCGAGUGA